GCCAUCUGGCAGUACGAGGCCCUCAAGUCGCGCGUGCAGAGCUACCUGGAGGGAGCGCGCGCGGACUGGAUGGACAAGGUCCGGCCGCAGAAGCGGGGAGACCUCAGGAAACAGGUUAACAGGUGGUGGAGUAGCCUGACUGAGGGUCAGCGGACUGUGACAGGUAUUAUAGCUGCAAAUGCCUUUGUAUUCUGUUUAUGGAGGUUGCCUGCUAUGCGACGGAUUAUGUUUACAUAUUUCACCUCAGAUCCUUCUUCCAGAGCCCUGUGUUCUCCCAUGCUGCUCUCUACAUUUAGUCACUUCUCUCUUUUCCACAUGGCAGCAAAUAUGUAUGUUUUAUGGAGUUUUUCCACCAGCAUUGUCUCUCUUCUGGGAUGCGAGCAGUUCAUAGCAAUGUAUCUUUCUGCUGGGGUUAUCUCCACUUUUGUCAGUUACGUUGCUAAAAUGGCCACUGGAAGAUUUGAACCAUCUCUUGGGGCCUCAGGAGCUAUAAUGACCGUCCUUGCAGCUGUAUGUACAAAGAUGCCAGAAGCAAAGCUAGCCAUCAUCUUUCUCCCAAUGUUUACAUUUACAGCAGGAAGCGCUUUAAAAGCCAUAAUUGCAUUUGACACUGUGGGACUCGCUCUGGGCUGGAGACUUUUUGACCAUGCUGCACAUCUUGGAGGAGCACUAUUUGGAAUGUGGUAUGUGACAUAUGGCCAUGAGCUAAUAUGGAAGAACAGAGAACCACUGGUGAAAGCUUGGCAUGAAAUGAGGACAAAGAAUCCAGGAAAAGGAGGAGGAAAGUCUAACUGAUUCUAAUCUUAGAGGUUACUUGUGCCCAAGUGGUAUAUUACUUCAAGAUGUGGGAUGGAAUUGGUUUUGAAGGCUGCCUGUUACUCCACCUUAAACCUCUCAGGAGCUGAAGUUUCUGAUGUAAACUGCAGUCAAAAAUACAAAAGCAUAGAAAAUGAACUCUUGCAAAGGUAGAACAAUAAAGGUUUAUAUACUAUUGCUCCUUAAGGUAACA